AUGAACUUUUCAGAUGAGCCUAUAAACUUGCGCCAAAGUGAUUUGGCAGACAAAAUAUACGACUCGAAGUUAGCAAAGGAUAAAGAAUAUCAAGAGAAACUAGAAUACGCUAGAGACUUAUAUGAGCAAAGAAUUUCAAAUUUAAAUUACCAAGUCCAAAGAUAUUUUGAAGAUGUAAAUAACGACGAUAUAUUUCACGCGAUGAAAGAAAGUUCAUUAAGCCAAGGUUUUGCUUCUCAGCGAGCCAAAGAAUUGCUUGAAAGCAUUAUGAGCAACGAAAAAGAACUGACAAUUUCAAAACUUCAAGACUCAUUGAUCCAAGAAAAAGGUGAAGUCCUCAAGCUCGAGUAUGAAAAACAGAAACAAUUAUCAAUUAUUAGAGAUUUAGAGGACAAAGUGAGAAGGGAAUCGCUAGAAAAAGACAGAAUUGGAAGGGUUUACCAUGAAAUGAGAAUGAAAGUAGAGCACACAGAUUCCAUUAUCGAUGAAAAGCUUAAAAUAAAAGAUUUAGAAUGGUCGCAUAAAGUAGAAGAUAUGGCAAGAAGCCAAAAUAAAAUAAUUGGAAACCAGAUGAUAGAGUCUGAAGAAAAAAUUAAGAGGCUUCAAAUCGAUAAUGAAGUUUUAAAUUCUCAGCGCCAAAAGGAUUUGGCACAUAUCAAUGAUCUGUGCUUUGAACUUGAUGGAUUGAAAUCUAACUCCCCCCAUCCUUGAUCGAACGACUCGCCAUCGUUCGAUCAAGGAUGGGGGGUUAAAAAAAAAAUUUUUUGGGUAAAAAAAUUUAUAUAUAUAUAAAAUAAAAAAAAAUAUGUUUUUUUUUUUUUAUACUUUUAAUUAAGAGGGCUAAGAGUAUUUAAUAAUUAUUUUUACAGCAAAAAAUUGAAUUAAUUUCAUAAGAAUACCAAUUUUAAUAUUUUGAAUUUUUGGGUUACCCUUAAAACUUUAUAAAUUUUGAUUUGUUCUUUAUUGAAUUUUUGAUUUUUUUUUUUAAAAUUUUAAAGAAUCUAUAUUUUAUUAGAUUAUUGGGUUUUUAAGCCUAGAUUGAUGACUAAAUCACUUCGAAUGGUUGAUUUCGUAGCUUUUUGUCGUCUCAAAGCCUCUGAAAACAAACUUCAUUAGGCACAUUCCCAAGCUUUUGAUAACUAAUAUAUUUUUAUAUAUAUAAAAGUUUGCAUGAUAUGAAAAUCGUUCGAUCAAGGAUGGGGGUUAAUUUUCCCCAUUUUUAGGAAUUUUUACAGUCAAUCGUUCGAUCAAGGAUGGGGGGGAGUAAGCUAGAAGAUGCAUUGAAUAGAGAAGAGCAGUGGAAAAUUUCUGUUAGGUCUCUUGAAGAUAAUAAAAACAACUUCAAAAUGAGAUUAGAAGAGCUAAUUGAUGAAAACAAUGAGCUUAAACAGAAGAAAAAAGCUGUGGAAAAAGACCAAGCCAAACUUAUAUCUAGUUUCCAAGCUUAUCAGAGCCAAUAUGAAGAACUUACUAAGUCUCAGCAAGAUUUGCAAGGUGUCAUAAAAAAUUCAAAAUCCAAAAAUGGGAAGCUGAAGCAAAAAGUAAAAGAACAAAGAUCGAAAAUUUUGGAAAGUCAAAAAGAUUAUAAAAAUUGUUCUGAUAAGCUGGAAGAAGCCAAAGUCCAGCUCAAAAUAUCGUAUGAAAAUGAAGAAAAUCUGAAAAAUCUAUUAAAAGAAUCAGAAGAAAAGAUAAAAGAAACAGAAAAAAGCCAAAAAAUGAAAAUUGAUGAGCUGAAAUCUCAAUACGAUCUUCAAAUAAUAAAUCUGCAAACACAACUAGAAAGGAAAGCAGAAGAAAUCGUCACGACUGAAAUGAAAAUACGAAGUGAUAAAGAAAAAGAAAUCAGAUCCCUUCUACAAAGUAAAUCAUCAGAAAUUGAAAGAGACUUUAUUCCAAAAGUAUCCCAUCAAGAAUCUAUUGAUGCCCAUGAAAAGAAGUUAGUAAAAGAGCACCAACUAAAAAUAGAUAGGCUGAGCCGGACACAUGAAGAUAACAUUGAAAAUUUAAACCAAGAAAUAAAUAAACUUAAAAGAGACUUAAAGUACCAAAAGGAUUUAUUGAAGGAUUCUAUUGACAGAGAAGAAAACUUAAAAAGUGACUUAAAAUCAUGCAAGGCAGCUUUGCAGGCUGAAAUCAAGCAGAAAAGUAACGAAAUAAAAGAAUUAAACGACGAAAAACUUGAUAUUUUAUCACAGCUAGAAAAAGCUAGUGACACUUUAGACUUAUUGAAGUCAUGCAAAGGAGAAGAAUCAGAAUUCAGGUUCAAGGUAGAAAAUGAAUUAAUGAAAUCUGAAAUAAAGCGAAAAGAAUUAGAAGACCAAUUAAAUUACUAUAAGCAGCAAACAAUUAAGUACCAAGAAAAACAAGAAAUUAUGAACAAUGAGUUCAUUGAAAAAAGAUUUUUAGGCUUAGAAAAAGAAAAAAGCCAAAGGCUUGAAGAUGACCUUGAACAAUCUCAUAAAUUUAUAUCAAAGCUAGAAAACCAAAUAAGGGUUUUAGAAGAUGAAAUUGACGAAAUUACAUGUCAUCACUCUGAAGCCAGGAACUUGCUGAAAGAAUCGCAAACAUUUACGAAAUCUUUGACUUCUGAGCUGGAAAAUAAGGAUAAGCUUAAUAGAGAACGAUUGAUAUCGGCUGAGCAGGAAAAUUUCGAACUAAAAUCAAUGAUGAUAUCUAUGAAAGAAGAACUUGAGUAUACAAAAGAAGAGCUGUUGGCCCACAAAGCUCAAUUGUUAGAAAAAGGGAGGAAGUUCAAUCUCACUACUGAGAAAAUAUGGAGAAACACAAAAUUCUGCAUACAGUCGUUGAAAUCUGAUUUAUCUAUGAUAAAACAAACCUUGGACUUUGAGAUUAGUUCAUUUAACGCUAUGCUUAAAUCAAUAGUAAAAGACCUAUCUAUUAAAUUCAUAGAAAAAGAUGUAAAUCAAAGAAAAACUCUUGAAAGCAAAGUGACAGGGUUUUCAGAAGAAAUUAAAAGAGAGUGGAGAAAUAAACUUCAUAAGCUUGAAGAAAGUUUAAUUAGAGAAGAAAUCAUAUGAUGGGAUGAUCCUGAUAUGGAAAAUGUAAGAAAAGCUGUCAAGCUCUUAAUUGAUAAAAAGAAAUCAAGUGAACUUAUGGCUGAAAAAGCUAAAGAGUCAGUUGCAAAAUUUAAAUUGGACUUAGAAGAUGCAAAUAGGCAAAAUCAAAAACUCCACAUCAGACUGCAAGCCAAUACAGAAGCUUUUGAUAAUCUGCAAAAAGAAGUCACUGAAGGAGCUCUAAAAAUAAAAACAAGCAGUCAAAAUGUAUUAAGGAAAUCAACUAGUGAGCUUCAAGCUAAAUAUGAAAAAGACUUAGAAAAAACCAAAGAAGACUUGAGGAAAGCUAUAACAGAAAGGAGUGAAAGUGAAUUUAAGCUGAGAAGCUCCCACCAAGAAGAAAUCGAAAAGGUAAAAUCGCAAUAUGAAAAGCGAUAUACUGCUAUAAAAGAAGAAUUAGAAAAUGAAAGAUUAAAAUCUUAGUUAUCUUAGUUAUUCUAUAUCGUUUAAUGUCUCCUACAGAGUUGCCUAGCAACCUACUAUCGCUACUGUUAAUCAGUGAUUUCCAUUUUCUCCCCAAGAAAACCUUUAAGGGAGUCCUCAAAAGGAACCACUGGAAAGAUGUCAAAGCCAAUGUUUGGCUUCAACUUGGGAAAAAUUAAAAUCACUUAAUUAUGAAAGGCAAGCAUUGAAUUUGCAGGAUUAUAUUCCAAAAGAAAGGUACUUUACAGAAGUUAAAAAUUUAGAAAAUAGAAUAUUGGAGUUAGAAGGGUACUUAGAGCAGGAAAGAGAACAAAAAGAGCAGGUUGCAAGAUUGAGGAAAAAUGAUGUGCAGGAUUUGAGUGAGAGAAUACACUCGCUAAGAUUUGAAUUGGCACAAAAAGAAGAUAAACUAGGAGCAUAUAUCAAAGAAAAUAGAGCUUCAGGGGAUUACGGGUCUAUAAGAGACAGCAGAAGGAGUCCUUUUAUGAGACAAAGAUUUGAAGACAACAUUUAA